AUGAAGCUGCCGCUACUUUUGGCGCUGGUUUUCCUUGCAGCCCCGGCUGCAUCGGCCGCAUCAGCGACGGGCUCACGAGCGCUGCAGCAAGCAAAUGGUCCGGCUGCCGCCCCAGCCGGAGAUGGCCGGGAAGACGCAGCGAGACAGCAGGCCGCUGCAGUGGCCAAUGUUCAGCGGCUGCAGCAGAUAGAGGAUGUCCUUUCUGCGGCAGAGGGGCCGGCAGCCACGCUGGUCCAGAACUACCAGGUUGCAGGUGACGACGAAGCUAGGGCGUUGGCUUUUGCUGAUGUUUGGCUUGAAGGCAAUGGACCAGCGAUUGUGAUUGCACUGGAGACCUUGCUAGAUAUGAACAAGGAUGACAACAUAACAGUUCUCGAAAACGCUGCAUCUGGCAUGAGGGAGGUGGAGAGGCAGGGACUCGGCACAAUGGUGUCGGAAUCCGUGGCAACGGGCCUAGUCUUCGUUAGGCAAACCAGCGACGCCCUACCCAUGGUGGAAUUGCUGAAGCUGAGGUUGAACGACGAGAGGGACACGUGUAUAUUCGUCAAAAUCCUCAUGCAAGAUGCCGAACUCAUGGCCAUACGGCUUGGAUUCGACUUCGAGUUCAGCCGUGCGUUCAACGCCGAGGAGCACACGGAGUUGAAGGAAUGCUUCUUCGAGCCUUGCGAGGACUUUGGAGAGGAGGUCACAAAAUGCUGCAGCAAGAAGAAGUCCCUCAAUUCGGGCGUAUGCGGCUGCAUGGGCGACAAGAAUGAAUGCGAUUUCAACCUGGUCUUCAAGGCGCCGCGCCCGGUCUGGGUUUGCAGACAGGAAGUUUGCCAGGCAGAACAGGCGGUGAAAUGCCUAUGCGCUGAAGAAGAAGAAGAAGAGAAGGAAGAGAAAGAUGAGGAAGAGGAAGAUGGUAAAGAGGAAAAGGAGGAUGACAGCGGUUAG